CCUACUUAUUUGAAUACUUUAUGAUAAUAUUAAUAUUAGUUUCUAUCAUUUAGUCUUCGCUUGGAAAGUACGGGGCAGCGUGGAAAAGUUAUAUAAGGUUAUACAUCAGCAGUUGUAGUUGUAGUAGCAGGCCUGAAUGGUAGCCACCGCCCCACUGCGACGCUAGGGAGGAGUUAGCCUGCCAGCCAGCUAGCUAGUUAGUAGUAAGCUAGUUAGUUAGCUAGUAGUUAGUUAGUAGACACCACUGCCUAUAGCUGAGUGGAACUAAGAAAAAAGUCUUUCUGUUUCCCCCUGGCUAAAUCUGCCCUUUUCUUGGAUUCCUUGACGUGACGACACCAUUGUUGCUUUGGAUUCUAAAGACUGUUGGCGGGACUCGAUCUCUUCUCAGGUGUGAAUUGGGUGGACGUGAAGAGCAGCAAUCAUGGUGGCCUUGUCACUAAAGAUCGGCGUGGGCAAUGUGGUGAAGACCAUGCAGUUUGAACCCUCCACCAUGGUGUAUGACGCCUGCCGCAUCAUCAGGGAGAGAGUUUCAGAGGCACAGCUUGGACAGCCCAAUGACUAUGGGCUGUUUCUCUCCGAUGAAGACCCCAAGAAAGGCAUUUGGCUGGAAGCGGGAAAAGCCCUGGACUACUACAUGUUGAGGAAUGGGGACACUCUGGAGUACAAGAAGAAGCAAAGGCCUCUGAAGAUCCGCAUGCUGGACGGUACAGUGAAGACUGUAAUGGUGGAUGACUCCAAGAUUGUCAGCGACAUGCUCAUGACCAUCUGUGCCAGAAUAGGCAUCACAAACUACGACGAGUACUCACUGGUGCGAGACAUUGGUGAGGAGAAGAAGGAGGAAGCCACAGGAACCCUGAAAAGAGACAAGACGCUGCUCAGAGAUGACAAAAAGAUGGAGAAGUUAAAGCAGAAGCUCCAUACAGAUGACGAAUUGAACUGGUUGGACCACGGGCGGACUUUACGAGAACAAGGUGUAGAGGAGACAGAGAUGUUGCUGCUGAGAAGGAAGUUCUUUUACUCAGACCAAAAUGUGGAUUCCAGAGACCCUGUACAGCUCAAUUUGCUCUACGUGCAGGCCCGUGACGACAUUCUCAACGGCUCUCAUCCUGUGUCAUUCGACAAGGCCUGCGAGUUUGCAGGUUAUCAGUGUCAGAUCCAGUUUGGUGAUCACAACGAAUCCAAACACAAAUCUGGAUUCUUGGAUUUAAAAGAGUUCCUCCCCAAAGAGUACAUCAAACACAAAGGAGAGAAAAAGAUCUUCCAGGCGCACAAAAACUGCCAGAAUAUGACGGAGAUCGAAGCCAAAGUCAGCUACGUCAAGCUGGCGAGGUCUCUAAAAACCUACGGCGUGUCGUUUUUUCUGGUCAAGGAGAAGAUGAAGGGCAAGAACAAAUUGGUUCCUCGUCUCCUGGGCAUCACCAAAGAAAGCGUGAUGAGGGUGGACGAGAAAACAAAGGAGGUGAUCCAGGAAUGGAACCUGACCAACAUUAAACGUUGGGCUGCUUCUCCCAAGAGUUUCACCCUGGACUUUGGGGACUACCAGGAUGGUUACUACUCUGUGCAGACCACUGAGGGAGAGCAGAUAGCCCAACUCAUUGCCGGCUACAUUGACAUCAUUCUCAAGAAGAAAAAAAGCAAAGACCACUUUGGCCUGGAGGGAGACGAAGAGUCCACCAUGUUGGAAGACUCUGUAUCGCCUAAAAAGUCAACAGUGUUGCAGCAACAGUUCAACAAAGUGGGUAAAGUGGAGACGGGUUCAGUGGCAUUGCCAGCCAUCAUGCGCUCAGGAGCCGGCGGUCCAGAGAGUUUCCAGAUGGGUUCCAUGCCCCAGGCCAAGCAACACAUCACCAGUGGACAGAUGCACCGAGGACACAUGCCUCCGCUGACUUCAGCUCAGCAAGCCCUGACUGGAACCAUCAACUCCAGUAUGCAGGCUGUCCAGGCUGCUCAGGCCUCUCUUGAUGACUUUGAUACCCUCCCCCCUCUGGGAACCGACGCCGCAUCCCAAGCCUGGCGGAAGAACAAGAUGGACGAGUCCAAACAUGAGAUCCAUUCUCAGGUGGAUGCCAUUACGGCAGGCACUGCCUCCAUGGUUAACCUUACUGCAGGUGACCCGGCAGAGACAGACUACACAGCCGUGGGCUGCGCCGUUACCACCAUCUCCUCCAAUCUGACCGAGAUGUCAAAGGGUGUCAAAUUGCUGGCGGCGCUCAUGGAGGAUGAAGGAGGAAACGGACAGCAGCUGCUUGGUGCUGCCAAGAACCUGGCCUGCGCUGUCUCGGACAUGCUGAAGACUGCCCAGCCUGAAAACACAGAGCCUCGUCAGAAUCUGCUCCAAGCUGCAGGAAAUGUGGGCCAGGCCAGCGGGGAACUACUUUCACACAUUGGAGAGACGGACACAGACCCACAGUUCCAGGACAUGCUGAUGCAGCUGGCUAAAGCCGUGGCCAAUGCCACAGCAGCCCUUGUGCUCAAAGCCAAGAACGUGGCCCAGAAGACGGAAGACUCGGUCCAUCAGAACAGAGUCAUCGCUGCAGCCACUCAGUGUGCUUCAUCCACGUCUCAGCUGGUGGCCUGCACCAGAGUGGUGGCGCCAACCAUCAGCUCACCCGUGUGUCAAGAACAGCUGAUAGAAGCAGGCAAGCUGGUGGCCAAAUCUGUGGAAGGCUGCGUGGAUGCUUCCCAGGGGGCCACCAAUGAUGAGGGCCUCCUGAAGCAAGUGGGCGUGGCAGCCACGGGCGUCACUCAGGCUCUAAAUGAGCUGCUUCAACACAUCAAACAGUAUGCCAGCGGAGGCCAUCCCAUUGGGCGCCACGGGGAAGCCACCGAUCGCAUUUUGGACGUCACAGAGAACAUCUUCAGCUCAAUGGGAAAUGCUGGUGAGAUGGUUCGCCAGGCUCGUAUCCUUGCCCAAGCCACGUCUGAUCUGGUCAAUGCUAUCAAGAUGGAUGCCGAAGGAGAAUCAGACCUGGAGAAUUCCCGAAAGCUGCUAUCAGCCGCCAAGCUUCUGGCUGAUGCCACUGCCAAAAUGGUGGAGGCCGCCAAGGGUGCAGCAGCAAACCCUGACAGCGAAGAGCAGCAGCAGAGGUUGCGAGAGGCUGCUGAAGGUCUCCGCAUGGCUACCAAUGCUGCCGCUCAGAACGCCAUCAAGAAACGGCUGGUCAACAAGCUGGAGAAUGCAGCAAGACAAGCAGCUGCAGCAGCGACACAGACCAUCGCUGCCGCCCAGCACGCCGCCUCGUCCAAUAAGAACCAGGCUGCCCAGCAGCAGCUGGUCCAAAGCUGCAAGGUGGUUGCAGAGCAGAUCCCUCAGCUGGUUCAAGGAGUCCGAGGCAGCCAGUCUCAGCCUGACAGCCCGAGUGCUCAACUGGCCCUCAUCAGUGCAAGCCAGAACUUCUUGCAGCCUGGUGCAAAGAUGGUCACAGCCUCCAAGGCCACCGUUCCUACCAUCAGUGACCAGGCAUCAGCGAUGCAGCUAAGCCAGUGUGCUAAGAACCUGGCUAGUGCCUUGGCUGAGCUCCGCACGGCCUCCCAGAAGGCCCAGGAGGCGUGCGGCCCGCUUGAGAUAGACAAUGCUCUGUCCAUUGUACGGGGCCUGGAGAAGGACAUCAAGGAUGCCAAAGCUUCAGCUGAUGAAGGCAAACUCAAACCCCUUCCAGGAGAGAAUCUUGAAAAGUGCUCCCAGGAUCUCGGUACGAGCACGAAAGCGGUCAGCUCUGCCAUCGCGCAGCUGCUAAGUGAGGCCACACAGGGGAAUGAGAACUAUACAGGCAUGGCAGCCAGAGAUGUAGCACAAGCUCUGAAGUCUUUGGCCUCGUCCGCACGAGGAGUUGCUGCCACCACCGACGAUGCAGCGGCACGUACGGCUUUGUUGGACUGUGCCAGCGAUGUCAUGGAUAAGUCGGCCAACCUCAUUGAGGAGACAAAGAGGGCUGUCGCUAAGCCAGGAGAUGCAGAGAGUCAGCAAAGGCUGGCCCAGGUGGCCAAAGCAGUCUCUCAGGCCUUGAACAGAUGUGUCAACUGCCUACCUGGUCAGCGAGAUGUGGACAACGCUAUUCGGACUGUGGGUGAAGCCAGCAAAGCUCUCCUGGCAGAUUCCUUCCCAUCCAGUGGAAGGAGUUUCCAGGAGGUUCAAGGUCAGCUGAAUGAAGUGGCAGCCAGUCUGAACCAGUCAGCAAAUGAGGUUGUCCAGGCAUCACGAGCCAGCACCCAGGACCUGGCCAGAGCCACCAGCAAGUUUGGACAGGACUUUAGCAACUUCCUGGAGGCUGGCGUUGACAUGGCAGGAACAUCACAAUCGAAAGAGGACAAGACACAAGUGGUGUCCAACCUGAAGACCAUAUCAAUGUCAUCCAGCAAACUGCUCCUGGCUGCCAAAGCGCUGUCUACUGACCCCAACUCCCCCAACCUCAAGAACCAACUGGCAGCUGCUGCUCGGGCGGUCACAGACAGCAUCAAUCAGCUCAUCACCAUGUGCACCCAGCAGGCUCCUGGACAGAAGGAAUGUGACAACGCCCUCAGAGAGCUGGAGAGUGUGAGGGGGAUGCUGGAGAACCCGAGUGAAGCCGUCAACGACCUCUCCUACUUUGACUGUAUCGACAGCGUGAUGGAAAACUCCAAGGUCCUCGGUGAAUCCAUGGCGGGGAUUUCCCACAACGCCAAGAACUCCAACCUGCCAGAGUUUGGUGAUUCUGUCAGUUCCGGCUCCAAAGCUCUGUGUGGUUUGACCGAAGCAGCAGCGCAGGCUUCCUAUCUGGUGGGAGUGUCAGAUCCCAACAGUUCAGCAGGUCAGAAGGGUCUGGUGGAUCCUGCUCAGUUUGCCCGAGCUAACCAGUCCAUCCAGAUGGCCUGCCAGAACCUGGUGGACCCAGGAUGCACCCAGUCACAAGUUCUCUCAGCAGCCACCAUUGUGGCCAAACACACCUCAGCGCUGUGUAACGCUUGCCGACUGGCCUCCUCCAAAACCCCCAACCCGGUCGCCAAGAGGCAGUUUGUCCAGUCAGCCAAAGAGGUGGCCAACACAACUGCUAACCUGGUCAAGUCCAUCAAGGCUUUGGAUGGAGCCUUCAACCAGGAGAACAGAGAAAAGUGUCGAGCUGCAACUGGUCCUCUGAUAGAAGCUGUGGAUAACCUGACGGCCUUUGCCUCCAAUCCAGAAUUUGCCAGCAUUCCAGCUCAGAUCAGCCCUGAGGGCCACGCUGCCAUGGAGCCCAUCGUGGCAGCAGCAAAGACCAUGCUGGAGAGUUCCACUGGCCUGAUCCAGACUGCCCGAUCUCUAGCUGUCAAUCCCAAAGACCCUCCCAAGUGGUCCGUCCUUGCCGGACAUUCAAGAACCGUGUCGGACUCCAUCAAGAAACUCAUCACCAAUAUGAGAGAAAAGGCACCUGGCCAGAGGGAGUGUGAUGAUGCUAUUGAGGUUCUAAAUGGUUGUAUACGUGAGGUGGACCAGGCUUCUCUGGCUGCCAUCAGUCAGCAGCUAACACCACGAGAAGAUAUCUCCAUGGAGGCACUUCAUGAGCAGAUGGCUGCUUCGGUCCAUGAGAUUAGUAAUUUGAUAGAACCUGUCGCUGUGGCCGCUCGUUCUGAGGCCUCGCAGCUGGGACACAAGGUAUCGCAAAUGGUGAGCUACUUUGAACCCCUCAUCAUGGCAGCUAUUGGCACAGCGUCCAAGAUCCUCAGCAGCCAGCAGCAGAUGGCUGUCUUAGACCAGACCAAAACUCUGACAGAGUCAGCCCUGCAGAUGCUCUACACUGCCAAAGAGGCUGGAGGAAACCCCAAGGCGGCACACAUGCAGGAGGCCCUGGAUGAGUCGGUGCAGAUGAUGAAAGAAGCUGUCGAUGAUUUGGGGGCCACAUUGGCUGAGGCAGCCAGUGCAGCGGGUGCUGUGGGUGGCAUGGUGGACUCCAUCAAUGAUGCCAUCAACAGGAUGGAAGAUGCACCAACAUUGGAACCCGAGGGCACCUUUGUGGACUACCAGACCACCAUGGUGAAGACAGCCAAGGCCAUUGCUGUUACUGUGCAGGAGAUGGUGACCAAGUCCAACACCAACCCAGAUGACCUUGGCGCGUUGGCCAAUCAGCUGACUAAUGAGUUUGGAAAUCUGGCCAAUGAGGCAAAAUAUGCCGCUAUCACUGCCGAGAACCAUGAGAUUGGUUCCCACAUCAAGAAGCAGGUGGGUGAACUGGGUUUCAGCUGCACGGGUCUGGUGACCAAAGCUGGAGCCUUGCAGUGCAGCCCCAAUGAUACUUUCACCAAGAAGGAGCUGAUUGAAAGUGCUCGCAAAGUCUCUGAGAAGGUGUCACAUGUCCUGGCAGCCCUGCAGGCAGGUAACCGUGGCACGCAGGCCUGCAUCACUGCAGCCAGUGCAGUGUCUGGAAUCAUUGCUGACCUGGACACCACCAUCAUGUUCGCCACUGCUGGAACUCUCAACAGAGAGAAUGCAGAGACCUUUGCAGACCAUAGGGAAUGCAUCCUGAAGACAGCCAAGGCUCUGGUGGAGGACACCAAGCUCUUGGUAUCUGGCGCUGGAGCCACUCAGGAGAAACUGGCCCAAGCUGCCCAGUCGUCUGUGUGCACCAUCACCAAACUGACUGAUGUGGUCAAACUGGGAGCUGCCAGCCUUGGCUCUGAAGAUCCAGAGACCCAGGUGGUCCUGAUCAACGCAGUAAAAGACGUGGCUAAAGCUCUGGGCAACCUCAUCAGCACCACCAAAGCAGCAGCCGGCAAACCCCACGACGAUCCCAGCAUGCUCCAUCUGAAGAACUCAGCCAAGGUGAUGGUGACUAACGUGACAUCGCUACUGAAGACUGUGAAGGCUGUUGAGGACGAAGCCACGAAGGGGACCAGAGCUUUGGAGGCCACCAUCGAACACAUCAGACAGGAGCUGGCUGUGUUUAGCAGCUCAGAGACUCCAGCGACGACCACCACACCCGAAGAGUUCAUUCGCAUGACAAAAGGAAUCACCAUGGCAACAGCAAAGGCAGUGGCAGCCGGAAACUCCUGCCGCCAAGAGGACAUCAUUGCCACGGCCAACCUCAGCAGAAGGGCCAUUGCUGACAUGCUCCACUCCUGCAAGCAAGCGGCCUACCAUCCAGAGGUCAGUAAGGAGGUCCGAAUGAGAGCCCUGCGCUUUGGCAACGAAUGCGCCUCUGGAUAUCUAGGACUGCUGGAGCAUGUGCUGCUGAUUAUCCAGAAGCCUUCUCAUGACAUGAAGCAGCAGCUGGCCAACUAUUCCAAGAGAGUGGCAGGCUCUGUCACUGAGCUUAUCCAAGCUGCAGAGGCCAUGAAAGGCACAGAAUGGGUGGAUCCCGAGGAUCCCACUGUCAUCGCUGAGAAUGAGCUGCUGGGUGCAGCAGCAGCUAUUGAAGCAGCUGCUAAGAAACUGGAGCAGUUGAGACCCAGGACUAAACCCAAGGAAGCGGAUGAGAGCUUGAACUUUGAGGAGCAGAUUCUGGAGGCGGCCAAGUCUAUUGCAGCUGCCACCAGCGCUCUGGUCAAAGCAGCUUCAGCAGCACAGCGAGAACUGGUGGCGCAAGGAAAGGUGGGGGCCAUACCAGCCAACGCAGUGGAUGAUGGACAGUGGUCUCAAGGGCUGAUAUCUGCUGCUCGAAUGGUCGCUGCAGCCACCAACAACCUUUGUGAGGCAGCCAACUCGGCGGUUCAGGGACACGCCAGCGAGGAAAAGCUCAUCUCCUCGGCCAAGCAGGUGGCGGCGUCCACUGCUCAGCUGCUGGUGGCCUGCAAGGUGAAGGCUGACCAGGACUCUCAGACCAUGAAGAGGCUGCAGGCUGCAGGAAACGCGGUAAAGAGAGCUUCUGAUAAUCUGGUGAAAGCAGCUCAGAAAGCAGCAUUUGAUGCUCAAGACGACCAGGCUGUGGUGGUGAAGAGCAAGAUGGUGGGAGGCAUCGCUCAGAUCAUCGCUGCUCAAGAGGAGAUGCUUCGUAAAGAAAGGGAGCUGGAUGAGGCCAGGAAGAAGUUGGCCAUCAUUCGGCAGCAGCAGUACAAGUUCUUGCCUUCAGAGCUGCGGGAAGACGGUCAGGAACAGUAAAGAGAUGAAAAGAGUUCCGCUUCCUUCACAUGCAAAGCUUCAGCAUCAUGGACAUGCCGUGUGUUGAAAAGACAACACAACCUACAUACGUAUGCCCUAUCUAUGCAAAUAUAGAAUAUUUACACAUGGAACAAAUCUAUUUUUACCAAUGAAAUGUAUUCAUCAAUGCAUCUUUUUCUACUUACACUUGGAUUCUCUUAUAUUUAACUUCUUAUUUGCCCCAUUUUUUCCAUUCCAGCCUAGCCAAAGUAUACAGUACUCAAUACCAAGUAUGCGGUGUACGUACUGCUCACUGGAGGGACUGGAAAUCAUCUUUUCGUAUUGAAAUUAGCUUAGCAGCUUCUUGAUGUUUGUCAAGCUGCUGCGCCUCCGGCUUUGAAAACAUCCGUUGUAGUGAAUCGCUGUCAGAAUAUUUUGAUCGUAUCAGUAUAUAUAAUAUUGUUUAUGGAUGUCUGCUUACACAUUAUUGUUCAGUUGGAUUGAAUUUUUGUCUUUACUAAGAUCCUACUGCUAGGUCACUACGUAUAUAUAUACUAUAUAUAUAUACUGUAUGUCAUGCUUUGAAGUACUUGUAUACUACAACGUGCUGAUGUCACUUAUCCUACAAGUGCACUUUUUCACUCCCUUAAUUUAACAAAGCAUCAUUUCAGUCCUGCAAUUGAGAAUAUAUUUGGCACAGCCCGA